CAAUAAAUGUUUGUGUACGAGUUGACUUUUUGUGUACGAGUUGGUUUGUAUACGACUCGGUUUGUGUACGAGUUGACUGUAAAUCGUAAAGAUGCAGCCAUAAGUACGAUGGAGGAACUAGAGAAUGUCAAGGAAUCUUCGAAGCUAACUAGUGAGGAGUCUUCGAAGCCAACGAGUGAGUCAUAUGGAAGUUCCAGUCUGGAUUCAGACGAAUUCACACCGAAGAGCACGUCUGACUGGGAUUCUCAUUUCGUAGAUAAAUUAGGAGUGGAAUCCACCGAGGCGGGCAUCAUAGAUAUAAUCUUAAAGGAAUGGCAUGUCGCAGUUGUACCUCCCAGCGAAAUUAAAGAAAUCGAGGCUACAGUAGAGGCGUGUCUCAUAGAAGAUCUUGAUAAAGCGUUUGAAAACAUGACCGUAUCAGAAUUUAAUCGUGACAAGUUCGGACUAAACCCCUCAGAGAUGGCCAAAAUUGAUAAUAAACAUCCGCACCUUAAAAAAACGUUUGUUCCAAAUAUAGUGCAUUUCACUUUCGCCCUGGAACGAAUUUUCAUUGAUUGUUUGGCAAAAAGAGAAAUUUCUGAAGGCAAAUACGAACUUUUAUUCGAGAAUUUGUUGAAAUCUUUUGGACUAUUCACUUUGAAUCAUUCUCAUAUUGGAGUUGAAAAAUCCAUGAUCAGAGGGAAAACGAUGUCCUCAAAAGCUGAUAUCCUCUGUAUCAGGAGAAAACCCUUAAUGGAAAAAGAAAUCAUUUUAAACCUGGUGAUGCCACGUAAGAAGAACUGGCGGGUUGCAGUAGCCAAGAUGGGGAACCAGAGUCGAGCCAGGAGUGACAAUAGACUCGUGGAUACUAGCCACAAUGCAUCCACUUCAUCAGAACUUGACAAGGUGCUCUUUGCUGGGGAUGAUUUAUUCAGAAUCUAUGGAACAUUGACUCAUGUAGACUGGGAUCAGUCAUGUCAAAGUAAUAAUUUGAAGGAAGGUGUUGAGCUGCUCUUUGCAAGAUACAAUAAAGGUUUACCCCUGCGAAAUGAUCAAGAAUAA